AUGGAGGGAAUACUAAACCAGAGCGUGGUAGCCCUCUAUGAGGCCUUAAGAACCCGAGACGCCACCACCGUCCACAGCCUCCUGGCCUCGGACCUCGACUGGUGGUUCCACGGUCCACCCUCCCAUCAAUUUAUGAUGGGCCUACUCACCGGAACCACCUCACACAACUCCUUCGAGUUCAUUCCACAGUCUGUAGUUGUACUCGGCUCAACAGUACUCGUUGAGGGUUCAAAUCAGGAGCUUUCAAUCUUUUGGGUUCAUGCCUGGACAUUUGAUGCCACAGGCGUGAUCACUCGUGUCAGGGAAUAUAUCAAUACUUCAGUCAGUGUAACACAACUCGGUGAUGGCACUAGUAAUUUGUCAUCUGACAUUACUGCACUUAAUUGCGCUUCGAUUUGGAAGAGUAGUGUCCCUGAAAACACUGUGCCAGGCAUUCUCCUUGUAUUAUAA